GGCGCCUGGCGCAUAAGAUGCAAUACCAAACGCAACCUGCUCAUCCCCAUACAAAUACGUAUGGUUAUUUCCAUGUCGCGGCGCCGGGACAGCUGUCGUCGGGUCGGCCAGGCGAGCGCAUCCCUUGGCAACGGUUGACGACGAAAGACGGAUUCAGGUAAUUGCUUCGGGCUGGCAUUGUGAAAAGCACUCGCGCUUACCUGUUGCUAUGAACACGAUUCGAGUGGCCUGUGAGGCGGGGUGUGGGAGUGGGCGUAGUGCCACUGGCAGUGACAGUUGUAUUAGUGGGCGGAAUGGGUCAUAAAACAACAGGUAAACAGCUGAAAAAAAAACGUGUGCGCUGGCUGCGCCGAGUAUCCCUGGAAAUUCCGAGAACACGCACCACGCAAUUGAAUCAAUGCAACAAGCAGUGCAAGUUUCGAUUCGGGACACUAUUCAAGUGCAACUCCAGUGAACAAGUCGUGUGUACGCAUCAAGCAUCCAGUGCAAGCAAUUGCUGCACAAAACAUUCUUGAGCCACUGUCGCAACCAAUUACAAGCGGCAACAUGUUGAAUGAAACAGGCACUUUUAUUGAUCUCAGCAAUGUGACAAUUGAGGCGAGCGCCUGCUUUAAGAGGGGCACCCACAUUGAGCUAUCCAAUGGCUAUCUCCGACGUGUCGAGGAUAUACGCACCGAAGACUUCAUUCAGUCCGCGAUGCGCAGCCAGCAGUACGUUAAGGAGGCGACCGUUGUGAAAAUUGAUGUGAAUGGCCAAUGUCCCCAAGUCGCUGCUAUAACCUUUAGCUAUGACAACAAUUAUGCCAAGAUUCAUCUAACCGUGCAGUCGUGGCAUCCGAUAUUUGUGUAUGGCCAGGGUUGGGCCUCUUGCAAUCCACAGUUAUCGCACCAGCUCUUUCAGCUCAAUUGCCAGCUGCUGCAGGUGGGCGACAUUUGUUUGUCGCUGGGUCCGCAUGAUGAUGCACCAUCACCACCAAUACCAUCGCCACCACCACCAUCCCGACAACCAGCUGCAUUCGUCUCAGCACCGAUGCCAGGGCCGAAUUUCCCGGAUGCUUUGGAACCAAUCGACUUGAGUUAUGGAUACGGCCCAAAUCCAUCCCGAAUGCAAUUUGAACCUAAUGCUCAGAUGGUCAAUUAUGUUUCCAACUACUCUCAGAUGAUGGGGGAUAAUAAGCAAAACUAAAUAUCUAAACUGUUGAGUAGAAUAUAUAUAUAUUUUUUU